AUGGAGGACGUGCAUUUGCUCAGCACAGCUCCAGGCGGGCCUGACAAACGCACUGUCGCCUACUACUACGACAACGAUGUCGGCGCAUACGCCUUCAACCUCGUCCACCCGAUGAAGCCGCACCGCAUCAAGAUGGCCCACAACCUCGUCACCAACUACGGCCUCGACAAGCACAUGGACGUCCUCCGACCCGACCGCUGCACCCCUCACGAGAUGACGCGCUUCCACACCGACGAGUACAUCGACUGCCUCGCCCGCGUCUCGCCAGAAACCUUUGACGACAUCACGGGCCACGGUCAGCGCUUCCUCAUCGGCGAGGACUGCCCGGCCUUCGAGGGCCUGUUCGAGUUCUGCUCCAUCUCGGCCGGCGGGUCCCUCAGCGCCGCACGUCGCCUCAUCGACGCCAAAGCCGACAUUGCCGUCAACUGGGCCGGCGGCCUCCACCACGCCAAGAAGCGCGAGGCGUCGGGCUUCUGCUACAUCAACGACAUCGUCCUCGCCAUCCUCGAGCUGCUGCGGUACCACUCGCGCGUCCUGUACAUCGACAUCGACGUCCACCACGGCGACGGCGUCGAGGAGGCCUUUUACACGACCGACCGCGUCAUGACGGCCUCGUUCCACAAGUUUGGCGACUUCUUCCCCGGCACAGGCGCCGAGGGCGACAAGGGCAAAGGGCGCGGCAAAGGUUACGCCGUCAACUACCCGCUCAAGGACGGCAUCGACGACGACAGCUACCGCAGCGUGUUCCGCCCCGUCCUGCAGCACAUCAUGGACUGGUACCGCCCGGGCGCCGUCGUCCUCCAGUGCGGCGCCGACUCGCUCGCGAGCGACAAGCUCGGGUCGUUCAACUUGAGCAUGUCGGGCCACGCCCAGUGCGUCGCCUUUAUGCGCACCUUCAACGUGCCCAUGAUCAUCGUCGGCGGCGGCGGCUACACGAUCCGCAACGUGGCCCGCACCUGGGCCUUCGAGACGGGCCUCGCGUGCGGCGUCGAGAUGGGCCGCGACUUGCCCUUCAACGAGUACCUCGAGUACUUUGGCCCCGAGUUCAAGCUCGACGUCCCGAGCAACAACAUGGACAACGCCAACUCGCGCGAGUACCUCGAAAAGACGACUGCCUCGAUCCUCGAAGGACUGCGCAACCUGCCCUUUGCACCUUCGUCCCAGCUCCAGCCCGUCGGCCUCGACCUCGCCUCGUCGUCGUACGCGCCUCACGCCGACUCGGACUCGGACGCCGACUCGGACCUCGACGUGCGCCUCUCGGCGCGCAUCCGCUCGACGGCCCUCGCGGCCCAGUCGGCCCGCACGGGCACGGCCAGCGGCGCCCACCUCGAGGCCGAGUACGACUCGGACGACGAGGACCCGGACUCGCACGCGCGCCGCAAGCGCCGCCUCGCGCAGAGUUACGUCAGCAGCGACGCCAAGCGGCGCACCGACGAGCGUCGAGAGCGCCUCGCCCGCGCGGCGCAGGCCGCCGCCCAGGCCGAGGACGAGUGCGGCGGUGGCGGCGGGGCGAGCGCGGGCGCGGGCAUGGACGUCGACGGCGACGAGCGAGGAGGGCUGCCGCUGGCGCCGCCGACGCGGCGCAAGCGCACGUUCUUCCGCGCGUCGAGGAACGACGUCGAGACGCUCUUGCGCGGGCCGGACCCGGGCUUGGGCCGCCUGCGAGGCGACGGCGGCGGCGGCUUGGGCGGGCUCGCGAAUGGGUUCGGCCACGGCGUCGCGAGGACGUGGGACGACGGCGCGAGGAGCGUCGUGCUCUAG